AGGUUAGUGACUUGACACUCUUCUUCUCCGACGAUUCUGAGGUUCAUUUUCGUGACAUACGGGGUUUCUAUGUGAUUACUGAGAACUUUGCCUUUCGCGCCGGUUCUCGUUGAUUUUUUUUUUCGAUUUAGGUAUUUCCAUGUGAGACUAACAUUUGUGGCUCGUUUACUCGCAGAUCAAAGGGACAGAGAACGUGUCUGGGCCACCUACUAGGAUGGAUAACAGUUCUGAUGAAGAGUCAGAGAUCAGUGAGUCUGAGAUAGAUGUCUAUUAUGAAAAACCUUACGAGAAACUGAUGAAUGGGGAUUACAAGGUUAAGGUGAAGGACACAUUCAGGUGUCCCUUUUGCGCUGGGAAGAAGAAGCAGCAUUACAAGUAUAAGGAGCUACUUGCUCAUGCGUCUGGUGUUGCCAAAGGAUCUGCGAGUAGAAGUGCUAAGCAAAAAGCAAAUCACUUUGCGUUGGCUAAAUACAUGGAGAACGAGCUUGCUGGUGAUGCUGAUGUCCCACGCCCACAAAUCCCCUCUUCCUCAACGGAGCAGUCUCAGGCAGUUGUGGAUGACAUUUAUGUCUGGCCUUGGAUGGGGAUUGUCAUCAACCCUGUAAGAAGAACUGAUAACAAGAAUGUGCUCCUUGAUUCAGCCUACUGGUUGAAGAAGCUCGCUAGGUUCAAUCCUCUUGAGGUGAAAACCCUUUGGCUUGACCAGGAAUCCGUAGUUGCCGUCAUUCCUCAGUUUAACAGUGGUUGGAGUGGGUUUAAGAGUGUCACAGAGCUUGAGAAGGAAUAUGAGAUUAGGGGCUGCGGCAGAAAGGACUGGAUUGAUAAAAGAGGAGACUGGAGGUCUAAGGCUUAUGGUUGGUGCGCACGUGCAGAUGACUACAACUCUCAAGGGUCGAUAGCAGAGUACCUGUCCAAAGUAGGAAAACUGAGAAGUUUCUCUGAUAUCACCAAGGAGGAAAUUCAGAAUAAGAGUAUUGUGGUGGAUGAUCUAGCAAAUAAAAUUGCUAUGACAAAUGAGGAUCUGAACAAGCUCCAGUACAUGAACAAUGAGAAAACGCUCUCUCUGCGGAGGGUUCUCAUAGAGAAAGACGAGCUGGACCGAGUUUAUAAACAAGAAACAAAAAAAAUGCAGGAGUUAUCGCGGGAGAAAAUAAACAGGAUCUUUAGAGAAAAAGAGAGGCUAACCAAUGAACUGGAGGCUAAGAUGAAUAAUCUGAAGAUUUGGUCCAAACAAUUGGACAAGAAGCAAGCAUUAACUGAACUGGAGAGACAAAAGCUUGAUGAAGACAAGAAGAAGAGCGAUGUCAUGAACAGCUCCCUCCAGUUGGCUUCCCUGGAGCAGAAAAAGACAGAUGAUCGUGUCCUAAGACUUGUGGAUGAACACAAGAGGAAAAAAGAGGAGACGUUGAACAAGAUCCUUCAGCUUGAGAAGGAGUUAGACAGCAAGCAGAAACUUCAAAUGGAGAUUCAGGAGCUGAAAGGAAAGCUGAAAGUCAUGAAGCAUGAGGAUGAAGAUGACGAGGGCAUUAAGAAGAAAAUGAAGAAGAUGAAGGAAGAGCUAGAGGAAAAGUGUUCUGAGUUACAAGAUCUAGAGGAUACUAACUCGGCUCUCAUGUGUAAUAUGUAGAGUGAAAUGUUGGUGACAUGGUCAAACGCUAAUCGGUUGAGAAAUCUGUAUGAUGAGGAUGCACAAGGGUGAUUUCCCAACUGCUUUAGGUUUCUGUUAAACAGCGUUACAGAUGCUCACCGUGAUAUAGGUCCAUAAUCUGUGAAUAGUUCCGAGCGGCCAUAAUGGAACCUGAGCUGUGAAUGAUUAAUUGUUUGCAUGUUAUGUUUUUUUUUUUUCAGGAAUUGAGAGAAUUGGUGAGUGAUCGAAACAUCAUCAGGGUAAAGAGGAUGGGAGAACUUGAGGAAAAGCCCUUCAUGACAGCAUGCAGGCAGAGAUGCACAGUUGAAGAAGAAGCUCAGGUGCAGUAUGCCAUGCUUUGCUCGAAAUGGCAGGAAAAGGUCAAGGAUUCAGCGUGGCAGCCAUUCAAACAUGUGGGGACUGGAGACAGAAAGAAGGAAGUGGUGGAUGAAGAAGAUGAGGAAAUAAAGAAACUGAGAGAAGAGUGGGGAGAAGAAGUGAAGAAUGCAGUUAAGACAGCACUGGAGGAGCUUAAUGAGUUUAAUCCUAGUGGGCGCUACUCAGUCCCAGAACUGUGGAAUUCCAAGCAAGGAAGAAAAGCCACACUGAAAGAAGUGAUUGAUUACAUUACGCAGCAGGUCAAAACUCUCAAACGCAGACGAGCCUAAAAGGAAACAAACAUAUGCCGGAGGGAAUAGAUAAAUUUGGCCGUGGUUGCAUACUUUUAACUGUUAUGUAGUAGUAUUGGGGCUUUUCUGGGGAUGCCGGAGGGAUGAAUUUAUUAAUUGCAAAAAUCCUCGAUAAGCCCCAAGACCUGUUAUGUAGUAUUGGGGCUUUUCUGUCUCACGGUGGGCCUUUUAACCGUUUAUUUGAGGCAAUUAACUUCAGAUAUCAGCGAUUUCUGUACUGACUAAUAAUUCGUGGGCCUAAUGAAAGGCCCACUGUUGCUUUUUAAACGGGCCCAAUAAGUUACAAUCAGUGAGUUUAUUUUAUAAAAAAAAAGAUUACAC